AUGGCGCAGUCGGCCAGCAGCCUCGAAGCGGCCAGUCUCGCGGCGGCACCAUCCGCUGUCAAGGUGCUCGAGAUACUCAAGGGCGAGAGGGUCACCGCCACUCCCGCAAAUGUGGUGACCCGGAUGGCGAUGGUUUCCAAAGCACAUGCAGGGGAGACUCGCGCUCGGGUUGCUACUUUGCGGCCUUCGAUCGAGAAGCAGCUCCAGGCUCAGAUGGCAUUUUCGAAGAACCUUAAAUUAGGACGCUGUCAGAAGCAGUUGAAGCUUGAGGUCCCGAUGGUUCCCGAAGAGGCACCACGCCUGUGGAUAAACGAAUACAAACCAAUAAUCACAUCAUGCUGA